AUGUUUUACGCCCACUUUGUCCUCAGUAAACGUGGGCCGCUGGCCAAGAUCUGGCUGGCGGCCCAUUGGGACAAGAAGCUGACCAAGGCUCAUGUGUUUGAAUGCAACCUUGAGAGCAGUGUGGAGAGUAUCAUCUCACCCAAGGUCAAAAUGGCAUUGCGUACAUCGGGUCACCUGCUCCUCGGGGUGGUGAGAAUCUACCACAGGAAGGCCAAGUACCUCCUUGCUGACUGUAAUGAAGCUUUUAUCAAAAUCAAAAUGGCUUUCAGGCCAGGUGUGGUGGAUCUACCAGAGGAAAACAGAGAAGCAGCCUACAAUGCCAUCACCUUACCUGAAGAGUUCCAUGACUUUGACCAGCCACUUCCUGAUCUGGAUGACAUAGAUGUUGCCCAGCAGUUUACCCUGAACCAGAGCAGAGUAGAAGAGAUCACCAUGAGGGAGGAUGUUGGCAACCUCAGCCUCUUGCAGGACAAUGAUUUUGCUGAUUUUGGUAUGGAUGACAGAGAGAUGAUGCGUGAUGCUAGCACAUUUGAGGAGGAUAUCAUGCAUGGUGCCACAGCCUCUAACCUUUUGUUAGAGGCUGAGCCUGGGCCUGCUAAUCUCCCUGAUAAGUCCAACCACAUGGAGUAUGAUGACUUUGGGGAUGGCUCAAUGGGCAACAGUGAUGGAGGAAUGCUGGUUGAUAAACUGUUAAGCUCUGAAGACGGAGGUGGUAUUUUUGAUGAUCCACCUGCCAUCACAGACAGUGUCAUGAUGCCUCCAGAUCAUGGAGACGACGAGGAUGACUUUGACAACCUCCAGUCACCGGGUCCCGACAGCCCAGACUCUGGCCCAGCAGAGCCACUGCCAGCUAUGGCUGAUCAGACAGAACAGACCACUCUGGUUCACAACGAGGAGGAGGCCUUUGCCCUGGAACCAAUUGAUAUCACUGUGAAAGAGACCAAGGCAAAGCGUAAGAGGAAGCUGAUUGUGGACAGUGUGAAGGAGCUGGACAGUAAGACCAUCCGGGCCCAGCUGUCCGACUACUCAGAUAUUGUCACUACCCUGGAUCUUGCCCCUCCCACGAAGAAGCUUAUGAUGUGGAAGGAAACUGGAGGAGUGGAGAAACUCUUCUCUCUGCCUGCCCAGCCACUCUGGAACGGCAGGCUUCUCAAGAUGUUCACUCGCUGCCUGACGCCUCUGGUGCCAGAUGAGCUGAGGAAGAGGAGAAAGGGUGGUGAAGCAGACAGUCUGGAUGAGUUCCUCAAAGAACUGGAGAACCCAGAGGUGCCUAGAGAGGAGGUCAUGAGUCAGCACAGAGAUGUUAUUGACCAGACUAUCAUGGAGGAGCCCAGUAUACUGGCAGCCUCUGCAAUGGAGGGCAGCAGAACGACCCUGGAUGAGACUGUGAUGCCUCCUCCCUCGACUCCCCGUGGUGUUAAACGCAAGACCCUUGACAAAGACAGUACACUGCCUAUGGCUCCCUUGGAGCAGCCUCAACAGGUAGCUGACCGUUCAGUCUUGUCUCAGAGGUUAGACAUGCCUCAGGUGGAUCUUCCGCCAGAGGAGACCAGCCUCAGCCUCACUCAGCUCGUCCCUGAGCUGGACCUGCUCGGUGAGAAGAGCAAAGACAAGAAGGAUGACAGCGACGAGGAAGAGGAAGAGGAAGGUCAGGCUGGAGACCAGGACCAGGAGGAGAAGAGAUGGAACAAGAGAACUCAGCAGAUGCUGCAUGGACUCCAGCGCGUCAUGGCUAAGACCGGAGCAGAUUCAGUCAGUCUGCUCGAUUUGUGCCGGAACAACAACCGGAAGCAGGCAGCCGCCAAGUUUUACAGUUUUCUGGUCCUCAAGAAGCAACAAGCCAUCGAGGUCACCCAGUCUGAACCCUACAGCGACAUCAUCGCCACCGCUGGACCAAGAUUUCAUCUUAUUUAGACAUUGGAAGAACAGACACACUCUGCUUGCAACAGACAUACUUUUUUAAUUACUCAACUUUUUGGCCUUUUUUAUUUUGUUUUUCCUGUCAGCCCUCUUUUUCUGGGGAAGGGGUGGGAGUAGUAGGGUCUGGGUUGGAAACUUUAAAAAUGAUUUUACUGUACUACAAGUAGAAUCAUGCAGUAUUCAUGUGGUUCAAAUGGAGUGAGGAAGAAUGUUUUAACAAUUAUAUUUAUAAAGCAACUUUUUCAGUCACCAAUUUGUAAGCUUUGCUUCAUUUGUUUCCUUUUAUUUUGUAAGUUAAAUUUCAGUUGUCUUCUCAUUCCAUACAUUUUGUACCAUUAUCCCUCUUAAAGCUAAAAUGCAGAUUUUACAUGAAGAGCCCUUGUAUUUCCACUUGGAAUCUUGUAAUGACACUGUACAUGUAAUGAAAAGGUACUGGUUUAUCGUUGAGAAGUGUAACCUCUCCCACCUCCUCCUUGUUGCACUUGUACUUUCAUGACAAGCAAAAAAAGUUGAUUUGUCUAAAAACAUUGGUAAAUCUUACCUGGCGUUAAAUGUCAUGUUCAGAUGUAUAAUUCAGGCAGUUUAUCAAUAAGUCUCAUGUCAUAUUUUUUGUACCUUUUGUGUUCAUGCUUAUUCACCUUUUUGCAUUAUGUAACUAGGUAAUGUACUUGUUACAGUUAAGUUCAGUAUCUCACCUUUUUAGUCUUUGGGUAACUUCUAGUUGUGAUACAUCUGUAAAGAUUUGAAAUAAAGUGUUUUAAGUACUUGGUAA